AUGUCUGAGAAACUUUUUGGUUUGUUGUCAAGUUGGCUAAAGAAAGGGGAGUGCAGUGAAAUCUACACACUGGAGGCUCUCAAGGUGUAUCAUUAGAACCUGGAAAGAGAGACAGAGAGUGGCCAGCUGAUGCUCUCAGAAUCGAAGUCUCGACCUCAACGACAACCCAGUUACCCUGCAGCUGUUGACUGGAGUUCUUACGCUAGAGGUGUCAAGCCAUUCUCAUUUGAGCAGUUGAAUUUUCCAGAGAUGAUUUAUUUUGAUGAGUUCACCUUCACCAAGCUUAAGAGAAACACAGGAAAUUACACAGUUUGACAGAAAGACCUGUGCUGUCACUUAAGUUUUGGGAUGUCUGAGAAACGAACUGAUGAAGUGUAUGCACGCGGUGCCUUUGAUGGAUUGCACGCGAUAGAAGGCCAAUAUUUCUUACAGGUAGAAACACUCAAGUAUGUAAGAAUGACUUUGUUACUCGUUUGUCUUCUAGGUCAUCAUUGCAUUUCUUUAAGAAUUGUGCUGGAUUCAGUUAAUUGGAAUAGUGUUACAUUUGUCAUUGAACUUUCCUCCCUAGAAUACUUUGCUUAUGACAUUGUCAGAGAAGGCCUCUGGACCAGAAACCAAAUCUGCACUGAAGCUAAUCCUUUGCUUUCUUGGAUUAGGUUUCAAGAGAUGGAUGUCUGCAGAGCCCCUUUGCCUAUCUUGGUUCUAGCCCUUUAUGGAAGAGUGUUUGAGAGGGGUCCUCCAUGCUUAGGGAAGGGCUCUGGGUAACUACAGUGAUCCUCAUUCACUGCCAUCCUUUCAGGAUUAGCCUGGCAAAGAGGGGGGAAAAAGAGAGAGCCCACAUAUCUGUUUAGAAGAUGUGUCAUGACUUUGCUGAAACAGCCAACUUAAGAAGACUUAAAAAGAAAUGGAUGAGUGCGCACGUUUUGCAUACUCACUCUGGGAGUUGCGGUCAUCUUCUGUGUGGGUGCACAGAACCUGGUUGGGCUUCUGGAGAAAAGUCAGAAAAAUGUGAGGACCCUCCUAAUAUUGAAACCUCCUCCACACCUUCCCUCCCACUCCAUGUUUAUCUCAUAAGCCUGUCCAGUAAUUUGGCAAGCACAGCUGGAGUGAUCAUACCAGGACUGGCUGCCUGAAUGGACUUCUACUCCAGAGCUUCCUUUAUAAAUUCUUUUGGAAUGAUUGCAAUCUCUUUGUGAAAAAAAAUGGAUAAACGCAAACCUCCAUUAAAUAGAGUUGGGAGAAGAAGGGGAAGUUCUUAUGUCCCGCGACAAGAGCAGAGCAAGCAGGAAGAAGACCACUCUCUCCUUUCCUGGCAAGGAUUUUUUGUGGCAAGAACUCAGUCAAGGAAAAAUUAGGGACUUUUUGUUUACCCUAGUUCUCUCAACUUCCUUUUUCUCUAUAUAAAAGCAUUCUCUUUCUCUUGCUCUGAUCACCAUGGUGGCAGAUCCCGAAUUGCAAUUCUCUGCUGAUCCUGAAUAAACCCGUCUUUGCUGGAGAAAUAUCCCAUAGUCUGUUUCGUACUUCCUUGUGAAGUACUGAAGUACGUGUAUUUCUACCCACCUGGGAAGGGAAAACCCCAAGGAGAUCGGCAAGCAGAGGGAGCUGGUAUUUGCUACAGACUUAAGAGUACCUGAUAAACACAACCUCUUGGCUGCUUUGGCAGUCACAGAAUAAAGUUACAAUAGUACUGAAGUUAAAAAAAAAAUAAUACAUACUCUUCUGCAAACUGAACAAUAGAAACACCAUCCAAAGCGAAAUCUAAAAUUGAAACAAAUAAUCAUAAGCACUAAUUCUGUAAACAUAAAGUUUUCCUUAAUUCACAACUAAAAUUUGCCUUCUAAUUCCAUACCAAAAUUUCUAAGCUUUUUUCUAUUUUACAUUAUUUUCCCCCUCUUCUCUCUCCCUCUAUCACCUCUUCUUCUCCCUCUCAUUCUUUAUACUCACCCUCUAUGACUUGCGUGGUUUGCAGUCUUUAAGAUGGUCCAGAGUAAUCUGUGCCUCAUAUAUGCCCUUGGGUAAGUAAGCCCCUCCCAACAAAUGUGCUGACUGGGUGGUUUUUGUUUUUUUUUUUUACAUUUCUUUUUAAUUAGAGGAUAAUUGCUUUGCAAUAUUGUGAUGGUUUUUGCCAUACAUCAACGUGAAUUGACCAUAGGUAUACAUGUGUCCCCUCUUUCUUGAAUCCCCUUCCCAUCUCCUACCCCAUCCCACCCCCCUAGCUUGUCACAGAGCACCAGUUUUGGGGUCCCUGCACCGUACUUUUAAUGAAUAUAAAACAACACAAUUGAUGGGCUGCCCCUUUCUAGAUGACAUUACUAAAGACUGCGACUUCUAUCUUGGAUGGUGGGUUCUCUUGUGACCUGGGUUUGAGGGAAGCUGGAUGCCAGCAUGUGAGCUUCGUUUUAGUGCGGCCAGGGGCCGUCACAGCAAGGAACGCGUUGGGCCACAGCCAGUGUGGACCCGAGGCCUGCCUGGAGCCAUGUGAGCCGAGAACUUAGAGCUGACUCUUUUCCCAGUCCAGCUUUGGUAACUGUGGGACAGAGGCACCCAGCCAAGCUGCCCUAGGUUUCCUCACCCACAGAAAAUGUGAGAUCAUACAAGCUUGCUCUUAGAAGCCAUUACUUUUGGGGGGUGAUGUGUCAUUUAGACAAUGAAUAUUCCUCUUUGUCCUGAGUCUUCACCAUUUUGAGGCAACGAAAGUGAACAAAAUGUGAAAUUCAAAUAUUCACAAGGUGAUAGUAAUAAUAAUUCACAAUUGAAAAGCUGUUUAUUCUUCAAGUUAUAUACAUAAACUACUAGGUGUUGAAGUUCUAGCAUGUAUGAAUUCCAGAAAUUCAUAUGCUUAAGUUUUAACCCUCUGCACCUCAGGAUGUGACUUUAUUUGGAAAUAUGAUCAUUUCAGAUGUAAUCAGUUAAGAUGAUGUCAUACUGGAGUAGGAUGGGCACUAAAGCCAUUGACUGGUGGCCUUGUAAAAAAAGUAAAAGUUUGGGUGACUCAGACGUGCCCACAGAGAGAAUACUGGGUGAAGACACACACCCAGGGAGGAGACAGCUAAAUACAAGGAAAGAGGCAGGAACAAAUGUGUCCCUCACAGCCCUCAGGGGGAGCCAAUUCGGCUAACCCCUUCCUCUGAAACUUCUAUCCCCCAGAAAUGCAAGACAAUACAUUUCUGGUGUUUAAACCACCUAGGGUAUGGUAGUUUGUUAUGGCAACCCUAGCAGAUGGAAACGU